AUAUUUGAUAUUGAUGUCUUCUGAUGACUAAUGGUAUUAUACAAAGAAAAAGAAUAGAAUGAGAGGUUAUUUGAUAUGUGUCAACUUUUUUAAAAGAAUAAAAAAUUGUUAUGGUAGGGGUUUUCUCAUGUGCCGGUUUAUCACAUGAUUAUUUCAAAAUUAAUAGUGAAAAUCAAUUUAAUUCUUUCAAUUAAUAAAAAACACGAUGUCGGCACAUACCAUCCUUCUUGAUUUCACUGUAGACCCAGCCAAAAUUAAGGAUGAGGCCCAAAUUACUAUCUUGACAACCAAUAUUGAGAAUGUCUUUAGAAGUUACGUGAAAAAUUUGAAAGAACUUUAUCGUUUGAAACUAGAUGAAGGAAUUUUGAAAAUAUAUUCAUGUGACUCGGAGGCCGUUGUUAAUCUCCGAUUUUAUAAUAAUGGUCUGAUCACUAUCAAUAUAGAAUAUUACACAAAUGAAGAAAAAGAUCUCCUAUUUCCAUUUGAUAAAAUUAAGACUUUUGAACAAGAACUUAGUGAACGUGUCAAUGGGAUUCUCAAAUCCAGAGCUUUAGUACCAAUCAAAAGAAGUGUAUACCCACAUUAUUUUCCAACAUCAGAUGAGAGACUUCUAGAAUAUGACAUUGAUAAGAUUGUGUUUGAGGAAAAGACCAAGUUUCAAAAAGUACAAAUAUUACACUCUAAAAGUCUUGGUAACAUGCUUGUUUUGGAUGACCUACAAAAUAUCUCAGAGAGAGAUGUUAUUUAUACAGACACCAUAAUGAAGAGAGAAACUGAAAAUUACAAGGAUAAGGAAAUUGUUAUAUUAGGUGGUGGAGAUGGAGCUCUACUUUAUGAGUUGCUAAAGGAGAAUCCAAAAGAAGUUCUAAUGUUUGAAAUUGAUGAUGUUGUAAUGAAGGCAUGCUCUAAACAUUUGAGAACUCUUUGUGGAGAUGUAUUAGAUAAAAUGUCAGGACCCAAUUAUAAGAUAUUGGUGUCUGAUUGUUUGGCGGCUCUAGAUGGUUACAUUGAAGAAGGUAGAAAAUUUGAUUAUAUUUUUGGCGAUUUGACGGACGUACCCAUAUCUGACGAUCCUGAACUUUGGUCAUUCAUGGAAAAGGUCCUACAAAAGACCUUCAAAGUUAUGAAACCCGAUGGUAAGCUUAUGACCCAAGUUUGUGGUGCCAUAUGCACUGACGCUCUAAAAAAGUACGAAGAUUUGUUGGAAAAACAAAAACCAAAAGUCAAAUUUGAGAAGACUAAAGCAUUCAUCCCAAGUUUUAUGGAGGAUUGGGUCUUUGGUUUUAUAAGUUUCGAUAAUUCUGAAUAGUUGAUGUAUGUUUUAGGUUUCACAAACCUUGAUCCAAUGUGAACUGAUUUAUUCGAAAUUGUUGCUUCAGAAUUAAAAUGCUACGAGUAAUAAACUAGAAUAAGAAAAGGGCGUGAUGUGACCUAUUUUGUUAUACUGAAUUUAUGUUCCAUUUAUUGAAAGUUUAGAUUUUGUUGUUGAAUCAAAAACCCAUCCAGUAUUAUCUGAAUUAGGGCUGAUAUCAAAUUAUAUAUCGAAUAAAAAUUAUUUUUCUGUAGAAAAACAUAUGUUUCAAAUUGAACUAAAGUUUUAAGACCUAUCUUUAUUCAUUAUCAUUAUCUAUCAAGCUGCUUUAGAAGAAUGAAAUGUAAUUUUCUUAUUAUAAUGUACAGCUCUCUCUUAAGGAUUGUUUGUCAGUAUUUUUAGAUAUGGAAUUCAAAAAUUUUUUUUCAGUCAAGAACCAUCAUCAUAAGUUUUGAUAGUUUUGUGAAAGAUACAGAGUGUCAAUUAAAUAGUACAUGAAAAAAUUAAAAGAUAUCCUAAUAAUUUCGUUUAUUUUUUAUCAUUGACAGAUUUUGUUCUGGACGAGAUUUUAAGAUAUAGCUGAAAUCGAAACUAUAUCUUUAGUUUGAGGUAUACUGAAAUAAUGUCAAUGAUGUUCCCAAGAAUCGGCAGAA